CUCCUCCUCCUCCUCCUCCUCGCCCACUCCUCUUUGCGCCCAGCAGGUAAAUGAGGAUUCUAUGCAGCUACCUCUUAGAUGCACUAAAGAACCAAUAAUAUAAGAAGAAAUCCUUUCAAGGUGAUGAUCUUGCAGAAUUCUUGACCUCACAGAUAAGAAAGGAAAAUACGAAAGAGUCAAGUAUCCAAAUAACAAUUACACACCCAUAUCACUCUUGACAUGGAGGAGAGAGCAUUUGAGUGCCUGGAGUGUGGAAUGAGUUUCACUUGGAGGGAUGAUCUGCAGCAGCAUGAAAGAACUUCUACUGGAGAGAAUCCCUACAAAUGCCUGGAGUGUGGAAAGAGCUUCCCUCUAAGUUCAGGUCUACAUUUGAAUCAAAAGACUCACACUGGGAAAGAACCAUACACAUGCUUGGAGCUUGGGAAGAGCUUCACUCACAGUUCAAGUCUACGAUUGCAUCAAGGGACUCACACUGAGGAGAAACCCUAUAAAUGCUUGGAGUGUGGAAUGAGCUUCACUGAGAAUGGAACUCUACGUUCACAUCAAAGGAUUCACACUGGGGAGAAACCCUAUAAAUGCCUGGAGUGUGGGCAAUGCUUCACUCGGAAUGGAAAUCUACGUACACAUCAAAGGACUCACACUGGAGAGAAACCCUAUAAAUGCCUACACUGUGGACAGAGCUUCACUCAGAGUGACAAUCUACGUACACAUCAAAGGACUCACACUGGGGAGAAACCCUAUAAAUGCCUACAGUGUGGACAGAGCUUCACUCAGAGUGGAAGUCUACGUACACAUCAAAGGACUCACACUGGGGAGAAACCCUAUAAAUGCCUGGAGUGUGGAAAGAGUUUCUCUAAGAGUGAAAAUCUACGUACACAUCAAAGGACUCACACUGGGGAGAAACCCUUUAAAUGCCUGGAGUGUGGAAAGAGUUUCGCUUCGAGUUCACAUCUACAUAGACAUCAAAGAACUCACACUGGGGAGAAACGCUAUAAAUGCCUACAAUGUGGACAGAGGUUCACUGACAAUGGAGGCCUACUUAGACAUGAAAGGACUCACACUGGGGAGAAACCCUAUAAAUGCCUGGAGUGUGGAAAGAGUUUUGCUCGGAGUUCAGUUCUACGUUCACAUCAAAGGACUCACACUGGGGAGAAACCCUAUAAAUGCUUGGAGUGUGGACAGAGCUUCACUGAAAGUUCAAGUCUACGUACACAUCAAAGGACUCACACUGGGGGGAAACCCUUUAAAUGCCUGGAGUGUGGACAGAGCUUCACUCAGAGUGGAAGUCUACAUACACAUCACAGGACUCACACUGGGGAGAAACCCUAUAAAUGCCUGGGGUGUGGAAAGAGUUUCUCUAAGAGUAAUAAUCUACGUAGACAUCAAAUGACUCACACUAGGGAGAAACCCUUUAAGUGCCUGGAGUGUGAAAUGAGUUUCGCUUGGAGUGAAAAUCUACAUUCACAUCAAAAGACUCACACUGGGGAAACCCUUUAAGUGCCUGGAGUGUGGAAAGAACUUCACUCAGAGUGGAAUUCUACGUAGACAUCAAAGGACUCACACUGGGGAAAAACCCUUUAAGUGCCUGGAGUAUGGAAAGAGCUUCACUGAGAAUGGAAGUCUAUGUAUAUAUCAAAGGACUCACACUGGGGAGAAACCUUAUAAAUGCCUAGAGUGUAGACAGUCCUUCAGUAGCAGUGGACAUCUACGUUCACAUCAAAGGACUCACACUGGGGAGAAACCAUUUAAAUGCCUGGGGUGUGGACAGAGCUUCACUCAGAAUUCACAUCUAUGUUCACAUCAAAGGACUCACACUGGGGAGAAACCCUUUAAAUGCCUGGAGUGUGGACAGAGGUUCUAUCAGAGUGGACAUCUACGUUUACAUCAAAGGACUCACACUGGGGAGAAACCCUUUAAAUGCCUGGAGUGCGGAAAGAGUUUCGCUUCGAGUUCACAUCUACAUAGACAUCAAAGAACUCACACUGGGGAGAAACGCUAUAAAUGCCUACAAUGUGGACAGAGGUUCACUGACAAUGGAGGCCUACUUAGACAUGAAAGGACUCACACUGGGAAGAAACCCUAUAAAUGCCUGGAGUGUGGAAAGAGUUUUGCUCAGAGUUCAGUUCUACGUUCACAUCAAAGGACUCACACUGGGGAGAAACCCUAUAAAUGCUUGGAGUGUGGACAGAGCUUCACUGAAAGUUCAAGUCUACGUAGACAUCAAAGGACUCACAUUGGGGGAAAAUAAUAUAUAUACUAUCAUAACACAAUAAAACCUUUUUUAUAGACUCAGG